AUGAUUGCCUGCCUGCUGCUGCCUGCGUUCAAGGAUUUUUAUUAUAUUUUCGAAAAAAAAUCGUAUUACAUAAAUACAAUGGACAUGGAGAUAGAAAGAGAAGAAGGUGAAAUGAGUGACACUGAAAUGGUUGCUGAAGACGUAGCUGUUAAAAACGAAGACCAAAAUACACUACCAUUGAAUGGAUUGAUGACAACUCAUGUAAUA